GCUUACUUAUUAACGUAGUGCUUUUCAGUUGAAGUCCCAGUUCCUUUUAAAAUAAGUCAUAAAAAUCUUUAAAACUAUUUUGUACUCUUAGGACAAUUUGGAUAGUAGAAAGAAAUUGGUAUCUUGCUGACAAUAUAGUAAGUAUUGAAUUUCUGUUCGUAUCUAAAAAAGAGGAACAUUUAGAGGAUUUGGGGUAGAAUUUGUUUUUAAGGCUUGUAGUAUUUCUUUGCAUGCCUUGUAUAGAACAUAAAAGUUUGGGAGUUCAUUUGCAUUUAUGUUAUAGUUACAUGUAUAACUUAUUGUUGUAGAUUCCACCCCUGUUCUUUCUUUUGGUGUGAUUUUCUUAUUUACUUUGUUCUUUCAUUCAUUCAUUUACUCAUUGUCCAGGCAUUUGAUGAGUUUCUACUGUUGUCAGGCUCAGGUAACAUUGGCUUGUGCCCUGGAGGACCUCAAAGUGGUCAUGGAAUCACUUGUACAAAUAGAAAAUUGUAAUAAAGCAAGACAAGUGCUAGUAAAGAUAUGAAAAGUGGCCAAUAAAAGUAGUGAGAAAAGAAUCAUUAAUAUUGCCAGGCCCAAUGGACUAAGGCUGACAAAAGCUAGAAUUUGAAGAAAGAGUAUUUUUCAGGCCAGAGAAGUAGAGGAAGGACUCACAUAUGUUUAAUUACCAACUAUAUUGGAUCUAAAGCUCUUUAUAUUGUUUUCUCACUAUUUGGAUUUUUUAUUUAAUUAUUUUGUACUCUCUAAACAGCUUCAAGAGGAUUGGCUGGGGUAGAAUGUCCUCUCAGGGAGUGGCAGUGAAUUAGGAAAGGCAGGUUAUCUUUUGUGUAUUGGUAAUUGGUAUGGGGUGAGGGGAUAAAACUGUUGGGGAAAAUAGCUGGUGAUAAGCUUACUUGUGUCUUCCACCCUAACACCUCCCUGUCAGUGGUGGUAAAGUCAGGAUUCUGCUGUUAAUACUAUAUGAUCUUGGGUAAGCCAUUUCUUCUCUUUGGAUUCCUUUUUUUUUUCCACUUUAAAAUGAGAGGAGUGGUAGAGAUGGGCAUUUCCUGUUGGUAGUCUCUUAGUAAUUGGUAGAAAAGAAGAAAUAUUGACCAAACAAUUUUGGAAACCAAGAGCCUUACACAUUAUGGCAUGUGGAUUGAAUUCCUAGACUUUUUAGCCUGGGCUUGCCAGUGGAGUGAGUCAAUAUUAUGUUUCCAGCUCUGUCCUUUCCUAAUGGUGUAGUGGAAAGAAUAGGGGUUAGAAUCGUACAUAACUGUGUUUGAAUCCUGACUGCUACUUAGUAGCUAUGUGGCCUUAGGCAAGUUAUUUAACCUUUCUUAACUACAUAGUUUCUUCAUGUGUAAAGAAGGAGCGGGAUAACACCCUGUGGAGAUAAUAAAGAUUUAGUGACAACGAUAUGAUAUGAAAAUAUUGAUAUGAAAAUUCGAUAUGAAAAUAUCGAAUAUAUCUGGUAAAUAAUGGGUCAGAAAGGGUAUAUAGUUUUUAAGUCCUGCAAAUUCCGAGGUCAGCAUACAAGGUAAUACCUGAUAGUAUGUUAUUUAUACCCUGCUGUGUGCAUCUGGUGUUUGAAGUGGGCUGUGUAUGUGUUUCGUAUAUAGUUAUGUAAUUUCCCCCCAAGAAAAUAAAUGUUCUUGAGGGCUCAUCAUUAUAUUUUGCCAUCCACAUAGCACUCAGCACUCUCCUGGAGACUCAGUAAGUGCUUGGUGAAUAGCUGACAGUUGAAUCAACACAGUGGACUGAGCAAAUGGUUAUGAGCCUUAGAGUUUCUGAACUCCAAGUACUGUUGGGCUACGCUGGGAGAAACAAGCACGGACGCAAACACGAACUUCUCACAAAAGCCCUGCAUUUGCUAAAGGCUGGCUGCAGUCCUGCUGUACAAAUGAAAAUUAAAGAACUCUAUAGGCGGAGGUUCCCCCAGAAAAUCAUGACGCCCGCGGACUUGUCCAUCCCCAGUGUCCAUUCAAGUCCUAUGCCAGCAACUUUGUCUCCAUCUACCAUUCCACAGCUCACUUAUGAUGGUCACCCUGCAUCAUCGCCGUUACUCCCUGUUUCUCUUCUGGGACCUAAACAUGAACUGGAACUCCCACAUCUUACAUCAGCCCUUCACCCAGUACAUCCGGAUAUAAAACUUCAAAAAUUACCAUUUUAUGAUUUACUGGAUGAACUGAUAAAACCCACCAGUCUAGCAUCAGACAACAGUCAGCGCUUUCGAGAAACCUGUUUUGCAUUUGCAUUGACACCACAACAAGUGCAGCAAAUCAGUAGUUCCAUGGAUAUUUCUGGGACCAAAUGUGACUUCACAGUGCAGGUCCAGUUAAGGUUUUGUUUAUCAGAAACCAGUUGUCCACAAGAAGAUCACUUCCCACCCAAUCUUUGUGUGAAAGUGAAUACAAAACCUUGCAGCCUUCCAGGUUAUCUUCCACCUACAAAAAAUGGUGUGGAACCAAAGCGACCCAGCCGACCAAUUAAUAUCACCUCACUUGUCCGAUUGUCCACAACAGUACCAAACACCAUUGUUGUUUCUUGGACUGCAGAAAUUGGAAGAAACUAUUCCAUGGCAGUAUAUCUUGUAAAACAGUUGUCCUCAACAGUUCUUCUUCAGAGGUUACGAGCAAAGGGAAUAAGGAAUCCGGAUCAUUCUAGAGCUUUAAUUAAAGAGAAAUUGACUGCGGAUCCAGACAGUGAAAUAGCUACAACCAGCCUAAGGGUUUCUCUACUAUGUCCACUUGGUAAAAUGCGGCUGACAAUUCCAUGUCGGGCCCUAACAUGUUCUCAUCUACAGUGUUUUGAUGCAACUCUUUACAUUCAGAUGAAUGAGAAAAAACCAACCUGGGUUUGUCCUGUCUGUGAUAAGAAGGCUCCGUAUGAACACCUUAUUAUUGAUGGCUUGUUUAUGGAAAUCCUAAAGUACUGUACAGACUGUGAUGAAAUACAGUUUAAGGAGGAUGGCUCUUGGGCACCUAUGAGAUCCAAAAAGGAAGUACAGGAAGUUUCUGCCUCUUAUAAUGGAGUUGAUGGAUGCUUGAGCUCCACAUUGGAGCAUCAGGUGGCUUCUCACCACCCGUCCUCAAAUAAAAAUAAGAAAGUGGAGGUGAUUGAUUUAACCAUAGACAGUUCAUCUGAUGAAGAGGAGGAAGAGCCUUCUGCCAAGAGGACCUGUCCUUCCCUGUCUCCCACAUCACCACUAAAUAAUAAAGGCAUAUUAAGUCUUCCACAUCAAGCAUCUCCAGUGUCCCGCACCCCAAGCCUCCCUGCUGUAGACACAAGCUACAUUAAUACAUCCCUCAUCCAGGACUACAGGCAUCCUUUCCACAUGACACCCAUGCCUUAUGACCUACAAGGAUUAGAUUUCUUUCCUUUCUUAUCAGGAGACAAUCAGCAUUAUAACACCUCCCUCCUUGCUGCCGCCGCAGCAGCGGUUUCCGAUGAUCAAGACCUCUUACACUCGUCUCGGUUUUUUCCGUAUACCUCCUCACAGAUGUUUCUCGAUCAGUUAAGUGCAGGAGGCAGUACUUCUCUGCCAACCACCAAUGGAAGCAGUAGUGGCAGUAACAGCAGCCUCGUGUCCUCCAACAGCCUGCGGGAGAGCCACAGCCACACCGUUGCCAACAGGAGCAGCGCGGACACGGCGUCCAUCUUCGGCAUCAUCCCAGACAUCAUCUCGUUGGACUGAUUCCCUCGUCCCUGCUGCUCCCACCCCUACCCCAGAUUAAAUGAACUUGGCAGAAAGAAGAGAACUUUGUGCUAUGUUUUACCUUAUUCUGUUUAGAAAAGUACACAAGCGUGUUUUUUUUUCCUUUUUUUAGGGAAAAAAUUAAAAGAAAUGUACAGAGAACAAAACUAUAUUUUCAGUUUUACUUUUGUAUAUAAAUCUAAGACUGCCUGUCUGAUAAAACACUUGUAAAAAACAAAAAAAAAGGAAAGAAAAGAAAAAAAGAAAAAAAAAGUACCCACAAACCACCUUCAGUUCAUUUUUUUCUGGAUUCUGAAGAUUUUUUUUUCAUCAUUUGUCCUAUGGUUUUGGUUUUAUUUUACUUCAAUGGCAUUAUUUUAUUUGCAAUAACAGAAAAGGAAUUGCAUGUAUGAAGUUUUAAAUUGUGGGCUUUUCUUUGUUGUGGGGAGGGGGCUGGGGGGAGGUCGUUUUAAUUUCCAUUUUCUAAAAAGGACAGACUUGGAUUCUGUUUGUGCGUGUGCAUAUUUUAUUCAGCCUUAAAUUAUAAAUCUCAUCUGUCCCACUGCAUUCCCUGUGUAUUUUCAGGACAUAGCUCGUGGGUGUGUGUGUUCAGUGUGUGUGUCUGUGUAUAUUUUUCUGUCGUUACUGUUCCUUCUCCUCCCGAGUUUUCUGCAUUCAGUUGAUAAAUCAGUUGCCUGCUUCUCUCAAAGUGCUUUGAAGGUCUUGAACUCCCGUAUGAGCAUCUUUAUUGCUGUCCCAGUUGCAUGUUCCCCAUCACAUAUUCUCUCUUAUUUGCUAGAUACCCCCUGAGAAUAUGUUCUAGAGAUUUGGAGUAAAGCUGUCUGGAUAAAGGAGGAGGCUUGGCAGACCUGUGAAUAAUACACUUUAGUCUAGUUCUUUCUUCUAAAUUUGGAUUGCCAGUAUUAUGUAUUUAAACCAAGUCUGUGAACACCUGCCUUUUUGGCCACGGGGUAACAAGUUUUCACGAAGAUCUUCAUGCCAAAGUAGGAAGUAAAAAUAGCUUCAAAAGCCCUGUUGGGUGUCUUGUGCAGCUGACAGAGGUAAGGUUACAUCGCUUCGAAAAAGAAAGCAAGACAGUCGAUUACCCUAAAAGUAAAUUCUCUCUGGAAAAUACAGUGCACCACACACGUCCGUCUAGAAAUCCACUAUCUGAUAAGCAGUUAAAAUGCAAAAUAGGCUUGAUUCUAGUCAAUUUACUCCCUGGUUCUGAGUGAACUUCUUUUCUUAGCCUCGCUGUCUUGUUUGUUUUAUUUUUUCUUCACCUUUUAAAGACAUGCAUGACAUAGGAAAGUCAAUAUUGUUUCCUUUUUUCUUUUUUCUUUCUCUCUCUUUUUUUUAGAAUUCAUGGAUCAAUCUAAUCUUAUUAAUAAUGGAACAUGUAAAUAUAGUGAGAACUGUUUUUCAGGAGAUGAGUGUGGGUUGGAGGGAAGGAAGGUGGUUCUACUUGUGUUCCAGAAUCCUCAUCAGAGAAGGUAUCUUGUCCUUCGGGGAGCACCUGAAGGUGUGGAGGGGUUUAGCCAGUUUAACAGAAAAGAUGGAGGAAGGAGCGUAACGCUUACCAGUUUCCCAGCCUGGAUUUUUAUAUCACGACUGUUUAUGUUCUCAGAGUUGGUGAAGGACCACCUUUGUGUAUAAAAGUGUCGCUUCAACCUUGCAAUGGUAACAAAAUGACCUGCUUUAUCCGGGUAGAAUUCAAGAUGGCUGUAUCUUCAGUUGUAUGAUAAAAACAGUUCACAUGACUGUGUGGCAUCUAAAAAUAAUACCUGUUUUUACAGCAUCUCUCUGCCACUAAAUUGUUGACUUGAAUUUUGAAAAACAAGUUGGUGUUGAUAUGUAUAUGUGUGUGUGUAUAUAUGUAUUUAUAGACAAGUGUGUGUGAGUGACACGUGAGUUAAUAGUCUUCCCCUACGCAUGUGUAUCCACACACACAUGGCUGAGUUAUAGUCACUAAACAAUUUGCAAUAAAAACAAAAGAUUCAUUGUCGGUGAAAACAGGAAUUAGUUUUUUAAUAAAUCUGCUCUUAUGGUGAGUAAACUCUUUAAGAACGCUCGUUGCCAUAUUAACUUAGGCUAAGAUUUAAGAGUACCAUAAUUUGUGUCUAAAUUCAGACUGAGAUAGAAAUCACUCAAGUUGUGGGGUGUUGCUUCUUAUUUCACACUGUAAUAGGAAACAUCAUUUCUAUUAAUUCAGCUACCUAAAAUGAAUAGUUUUCUGUAUCCUCUUUUCUUUGUUUUUCUGUCAUUGUUGUUAGUGGUCUCAAAAUUCUGAUCAAUAACUUUGUGUGUAGUGCUGAAUCCCAAACUCUGAAUGAUCCAGUUGAAAACCCAUCCCUGUCCUUCCUUCAACUGAGGUUUGGGGAUGGUGAGUUUCCCUCAGUGUCCUGCGUUAUACCAGACUAAAGGAAGAACAGGUAAUAAAUAGGGAGAAAGAAAUGUCUGUCUAGUGGCUUUGGUCAUGUCUCCACAGGAGAAACGAACCAUUCGAUUGUCUUUCGAUUUUAGUUCAUUCCACUCUGAGGAGUUUGUUUCUUUCAGUUGUUGGCUUGCCAGAGUGUCACAGUAGCAGUAGCUAUCCCUCUGUUGGUCUCUUGGUCAAUACUGGUCCAUCAGACUGUUUUGAUCGGUAGUCGUUAUUGGUAGAGUCAUGCCCUGCACCGUUAUCUUCUAAGUUUAAAAAAAAAAAAAGAAGUGCACAGGCAUUUCAUCGGUUUUUCCUUAACCCACCCUCACCCCACGCCGACACUGACAUGCUGUCUGUGGACGAAGAGCGAUUCCCAGAAUCUUUAGGCAAGCUGCCACCAUCCCCUUGCCGUGGGCUUUCCCAGUAGGUGCACAUAUGUUUCUGUUUCUGUACAGUACUCUGUAUUUUUUGAUAAAAUAGCUAUUUGACUUAGCAGGGUUGAAGUGGCUUUUAAUUAUCUUGUGGGCAUUAUUGGACACAUCUUUUUAAAAACAAUCUGACCUUAAUCGUGCCACACUUGGUUGACUAAUUUAUUUUGAGCAUUAAAGUUUUUCUUCUGUUAAUGUAGACAUUAUCACAAUUCUGUAUCGUUACUGACUUAGGAAAGAUUGCACUUAAGCUUCUGUUAAAUGUGAUUUCUUGGCAGAUUUUCCUUUGAGUCAAAUGUCUGAAACAAUGAACAUAUAUCCCAAUUUUAAAUUAACUAAUUGUGGAAGGAACAUUUUUAAACAAUUCCAAGUUUAAAUCCAUAAGACACUUCAAGAUCUUCAGAACUUUAAAGCACAUUUAAAAUUAUUUUAGUAAGAAUUUUGUUUUAUCAAUACAUGUUGAAUUCUGUUUUUUAGUUAAAAAAAAAAACACACAAAGCUUAGAUUUCAGAAAGAGGGAGGGAGAAUAGCUGGUGGUCCCAGAGUGUGCUGCUGUUAAUUGUUUAAUUAACAAAGGGGAAAUGUAUAUAAACAGAUAUAAAAGUUACCAUAAAUUCCAUGAACUUAAAUCUGUGAUUCAUUGCCUUAAAACUUUCUCUUAGAAUUUCCAUACCGCAUGCCAAACCAGUAAAAUGGCUUUUAAAAAUGUAUAGUAGACCAAUGUCAGUUUGUAUAAAAGUACCAAGUGAAAAUAUUUAUUACAUGCAUUGGAAAAAAAUUGUUUACCUAUUGAAUGUUACCUGUUUAUGUAGAGCUCUUUAGAUGUAAUAAAAGAAAAGCCUUCA